GCGCAAGAAACAAUCUCCUGCUAUGGAUUUUCAGUGUGAGUUUGUAUCCUGCCGUGUUUGAGUUUCAUGUUUCGUGAGGUGCUGUGAUUUAAAUCCCUUUUUCGGAUAACAGAAACCUGUAGGUCCAUAAUGACAUGAAACUGAAGCCGCUGAGAAGUUUUCUGAGUCAUUUGUCAUAAGAUGUCUCGGUACCUGCUCUUGGCAGCCUGUCUCAGCCUCUCUGCCCACAAGGCCGCCACCCAGUCCAACUAUGCCGCCCAGGCCAACAACGUCGAGUACCGGGGCGACGGGCUGCCCGACCAGGCCACCCUCGACGGCAAGGUGACGCGGCUGGACGACCUCAGCCCCGUCAUCUUCCUCAACAGGACCAAAGCGGCGCUGAACUGCGCCGCGGGCUCCAUGCAGAUCGAGCUCAAGUUCAACGAGAAGUUCUUCGGCAUCGCGUACGCGGAGUUCGACAGGAACUCGGCGUGCAGGGUGUUCGGCAAGGGCGGCCUCAGCUACAAGCUGGAGUUGCCGCUGAAGGGGUGCGGAACCAAACAGGACCCUCAACGUGUGUUCACCAACAACAUCGUAGUGAGGUUUCACCCAGGACUCGAAAUCGACGGAGACGAAAUUAUCACAAUCGUCUGCCGAUAUCCCCCACCAAUCGUACCACCACCAGCUGCUCUACCUAUACCACUGAUUGACUCACCAGCUGCUCCAGUUGCAGCCCCAAUAAAAGAAUUCCAAAUUCUUCUGGUGAUAUGCGGUAUCCUCUUCUUGUCAUUGUUGCUUCUUGGCUUGGGAUGCUCCUACUAUUGUCUAAGAAGACGGCCAGUUACAUUCGUUCGUCAACCAUUCUCAUCUCUAGGAAGUGGAUCAGAAAUCACAAAACUAUCUGGAAGCUCUCUAGGUAAUUUGUCCAUGUUCGAGGGUCUGAAAAUCCCUAGGGCUAACGUUCCCCCAGUGAUGGCUGCAGGUAGCAGUGCAGGUAGCGAAGGACCCUUAAUGAGUGACAAUCUACCCUCAGACUAUCCUUCGGAAUCCCACUCAGAAAUAGAUGUCGACACUGGAUCACUCCCAGUAUCCUCAGCUGGCAGCUACGAAAACCAAGCCUACAUUCAGGACAGCAGUAGCUUCUAUAGCGAAGGAUAUGGUCAUACUCAAGAACAACAAAUUCAAAAUGCCAUGGCGACAGCUGCUACAGUCCCAAGGCUGCCUUUGGCUGUUAAAGAACAGCCAAGAUUUGAUGUACAAGUUCGUGUGAAGAAAUCACCACCUUCGCCACCGAGCAUCUCAAUGUCUGACACAGAGAGCACUAGGACUGACAGGAACUUGUCAACUAUCCCAGAGCAACGAGAAGAUAGUGUUAGGUCUAUAUCGCCUUCAUUAGCAGAACGAACUCAGUUCUCUUAUAUUCCCGAGCUCCAUCCACCACCGAAACACAUACAGCCGGCACCAACCUAUAAUAGAAUCCUCAGAAGACAGAUGGAGAUGCAUGAGGAACCAAUGAGGGUCGUCCCAGCGCGGUCCAUAGCAUCCCUUAACACCGAGAUGACAGAUACUCACUCGCUGACCGAAAUGAUAGAUGAUUCUCACCACAUGUUCAUCGCGCCUACGCCACCUCCACCACCUCCCAUAAUUCCUAAACAGGAAUAUCUCAGGAGUAUGGAAGAACCUGAUUCCUUGGAACCACCUAUAUCUGCAGUUCACAAGCCUGAGAUAACCUCACAUGUUGUUGACGACGUUUUCUUGAGAACAAUUACCGAAAAGAAGACCAUCGAAGAUAUUGAGAGACACAGACGUUUGGUCACUGAGUAUCACACUAGACCUAGACCUGUGCCAGAUCAGAAAUGGGACGUUACCAUCAAGAACUACCCAGUAGAAAUGCCAGAGCCCCCAGAAUGGGAGAACUUCUCUGAUAUUUCGUCUGCAUCGAAUAUGACACUCACACCUAAACCAGAACGUGCUAAAUUAAGUUUGCCUCCACAGACUACCAUAGUUGAUAAUAAACUGCCAUUAAAUGCACCAGAAAUCGUAGCUAACAUAGGACAACAACCACAUAGAUAUUCCUCUUCUGUAGAAGUCGUCCAAGAUCAGAGUUACCUAUCGACAUUCAAUAUUCCUAUAGAAAACCCCGAGGUUCCUAACUGGAAUGUCCUUAUCAAAGUUUUACAGCCCACAGAACAAGAGGAAGGCCCGGUGAUUGAGAGCGCUGAAACAUUCAAUGCUCAGCUCACUACAUCCGAUAAGAUGAAAUGGAGACAAAUCAUCACAACCGAGUCAUCACUCCGAACUCUUCUCACCGAGUGUGUAGUCCGCGAGGAUUACGAGAGAGUGAUCCAUAGUGAUUCCCGAUAUGCCACGUUAUUCGAACCUCCCAAGUGGGAUGUCAUCAUAAGGAUCUUAUCGCCACCUGAUAAGCCCAAGAGUCGCAAGAAGAGGAACGACUGGGACAACCGGAGUCGCCGCAGCAGCUUGCCAACUCUGUACGAAUACGACUCAGAUGGUGAGAGCUCAGUGAGAACGCUCACUCGAGAAUCCUUCGUGCUGCCCCAGCACUCCAGGAGGACCUCCAGGUCCAGCUACAGAAGCGAGGCCGACCUCAGGUCGAUGUCUGAGAUGAUAGUCGACUUCGGUCGGCCGGACGCUUUCUCGGAGACGUCUAGCUAUUACCCGGACAAAAGGUACUACGCUGACUCAGAAACUGGUCAUCCGUCCUUGGCGAGGUCACUGAGUCAGCCAAGUCUUGCCAGAUCUGCCAGCGAAUUCACGGAGAGGUGGGUAGCACCCUCAAGGUACGACACUGCCAGCGAAUUCACCUCGCCGGAGGGAACUCCCAAGUCUCAAAGGAGCAGCAGGGUUGGUCCGUUGAGUUUGCCGAGGAGUUUGGGGGAGCAAAGGGCUGUAUGGCAGGCUAGCCAGGUGAGUAGCGGCCAGCAAGGGCCUAGUAGUAAAGUGACGUCGCAAGUGGUGACGCAAGAGUACAGGGAGAGUUCCACUUAUAUGGGUCAUGCGCCCCCCAAGGGAUGGUUUGCUGAUAACGAUAGUGAAGCUAGCUUUAAGUAAAUCGAAUAGGUAACUCGAAGAUUCCUACUAAUGUGCUAAUAUUCAGUGAAAUAAUACGACCGGUAAUUGUACUGCCCUAUAUUUUUCGAAUGUUUGUUUUUAGAAAUUAUUUUUGCCUACAUUAUGUUUAGUAACUAAAAUGCUGUGAUAACAAUGUAGUGUGUAUUGGGUUCACUUUACUUAUUAGAUUUCUGCUGAUUAAGAAGGGCUUCUACCCGGUUUUCCACUUUUUCAAUCUCAUGAUUCGAAAGACUGUAGAACUGGGUGUUAAAAGUGUGAUCUGUUUUAUUUUCGCAAUAUUGUUCGUUCAUGAUUUCAAUGCGCUUGAUUUUUUGGAACUAUGAUUGAACAACUGCUUUUCAGUACUCAAUCUGCUCUUUAGGUGUUGGGUUUCAAAGGGAUAUUUUCUGCCUAAUAAUAUUCCUACUGCUAGAAUAUAAAAUUUAUGAUAACUAAUUCGACGUAAGAUGUAAGAUAUUACUCUGAGAGGUGCUAUUUUUGAUUAGAUAUUUUUAUAAAUGAAUAAUUAGUGGCCAAGGCAAUAAUAGUAGUAACUCCUGUAAUAUGAGUAUAAAGAAUAAAUAUUUUGUAUCAAU